AUGUCUUCAUCGUCAUCGGAAACUAGGUGGCACGUUGCAUCUCACUCGCCAGCUUCAACAUACCCAACCAUUCUAAACACUCCACCAGGCUCUGCUGCUGCUGCUGCUGCUGCUGCUGUUGCUGCUGCUACAUCUGUUGUUGUUGUUGGCAAUGGAACCAGCAGCAGUAUUAGCAGUAUUAGCAGUAUCAGCAAUAGUAACAGUAGUAACAACAAUAGCAACAAUACCAUCACAUCUCCUUCCAGUCUCGGCCCGGUGCCCGGACUGGUAUCGGGCCAUCAUAACAACCAUCUUCACCAUCACCAACAAACAAACUCUCCACCAGCAUUACCACCACUUCAACUUAACCAUCAUAAUUCAGGAUCUCUCAAAUAUCGCAAUAAUAAUAACAGAGGUAAUAAUAGUAAUAGUAGUAGUAUAAGUAGUAGUAAUAGCAGUAAUAGUAGUAGCAAUAGCAGUAGCAAUAGCAAUAGUAAAUCACCAGCAUCUUCUUUACUACCACCACCACCUUCAACAACUCUACCUUCCAUCAACACUGUUCCAUUAAUUUCUUCUUCUUCUUCUUCUUCUUCUUCUUCUUCUUCUUCUUCUUCUUCUUCUUCUUCUUCAUCAACUACAUCCUCUCGCAGAGAUUAUGUCGCAUGGUCUCGGCGUGAAACUGAUGCUCUCGUGCGCUGGCUGGCCGACGACGAUAACUUCAACCACAUGCGCAGAGCCACUGCUAAAAUGCUCCCAAGACUUGCUUUGCACUUGCAAACAGCAGUUUCCGGGUGCCAGAAAACCGCCAAGCAGUGCGAUCACAAGAUUCGGAACCUUAAAAAAUGCUAUAAGCGCAUGCGUGAAAAACUCGCCACCCAAGGAGCACCUUCUUUUCAAACAGCCCCACGCAGUCUCCAACAUGAAAUCACUGAUCAGUUCCCUUACUUUUUGCAGUUUGAAACUUUCAUGGCUGGUAUUGCAGCUGCUUCUUCAAAUGGAAUUUCACCUUCAUCUACUUCUGGAAACCAACAUACUUCUGUGGCGUCAACUAAUGAUGAUAUGUCAACAGCUGCGGGCCAUUUAUCCGCUUUACACGGGACUCCCCAGGAUGACCAUACUUCCGAAGAAGACGACGAUUCUGUGUCGUCGCCUCUCCCGGGUCCCCCCCAACUGCAACCACUCCCUCAACACCAACCUCCACAGCUUUCUUCAGCUCAAGUCCCUCGCCGCUGUCCCAUUGAUCAUACAAAGUUUAAGCGUCGUACAACUUCUGGUGCUAACAACUCAAAUACUUCUUCACAAGAGGAUGAGGCUCCUAUAACUUUUAUUUCAAUCCAACCAAAGGAACCUUUGACAGAUGUUAAGGAUUCUCGUGCAACUUACCGCUCUCCAUCUCCAACAAAUACUUUGGGCCGCACGGGGUCUGGGUUGCCUAAAAUUGAGACGUUUAUAAAAUCAAAGGGUAAAGAGCAGCAACAGCCUUCUCAGCCGCAGCCGCAGCCGCAGCCGCAGCCGCAACAACAACAACAACAGCAGCAGCAGCAGCAACAGCAACUACCGUCACAACCCCAAUCGCCGUCUUCGGUCAUGUCUCAACAGCAACAACAGCAACAACAGCAACAAAUCAUGCAUGCCCAUAAACGACUCAGAUCAUCGUCUUUUUCUUCCUUCUCAGGAAUGCCCAUUUCCAUGUGUCCCAUGGUUUCCGGGUCUGCUGGCGUUGCUCCUGGACUUAUGUCUGCGGCUGCUGCGGCUGCUACUAGCAUGUGCCCUGUCCAACGUUACGAUCUGUCUUUACCAAUCUCGUCCUUGGCUGCGGCUGUUGUUUCUCCCCCAACGUCUCUUUCGGCUCCGUCCCCGCCGGCCUCCACCGCAACUCCUGCAGAACUCUCACUGGCCAAUACUUCGGACGCUCCACAAUCGCCCCUCAGUGGCUCGGGUUCGGAUCCGCACGAGAUUUACGGGAAUGAAGAAAAAAUGCACUCGACCUUGCUGUCGAUUCUUAAAAUCAUGUCGGACAAGGAUCCUUCGUCAUCUCUCACUGGUGAGCCAUUAGAUCGCGAUAAUGCUAAGGAAACAGCACUCCUGCUUGCGCAACACAUCAAGUCAUCGCUUGCAAAACGGGAUGCGGCAAAUAGGCAGCAGAUGAAGUUAGCACAGCUACAGUCGCAGAUUGAGCGAGAAAUGGCACGUGCACAGUUGCUUUAUGGUAUGGGACAGAAGGAUCGCGGUGAUAAGAUCAUGGACCGGAUUGACCAGCUAGAGGCUGAACUACAUGAUUUAUAUAGAUAG